GAACACCAUCAACUGAAAUUGAAGUGUAGCUACUGGCUACCAAAAGAGACGUUUCCAUAAAUGGUAAUGAAAUUAAGAACCUGAAAGCACAGAGACCAAAUCAAAUGUCACAGGUAAAGACUCCAAAGUACUACUGCCCACGUUCUAUAUAAAAGGACCACUACAAGACUUAAAUUCUCCUCCCUUUGUCUUUGGCUUUGCCUGUAUUUGAGGAAACCGAAAACGAUGGCGUUUGGGGAGUAGAAUGGAGGAAUGAGAAGGAGUGGGAGACAGAAUGCGAACGCUUUGCGACGUGUGCGAGGGCGCUGCUGCCAUCGUUUUCUGCGCAGCUGACGAGGCCGCUCUUUGCCGUUCCUGCGAUGAAAAGGUCCAUAUGUGUAAUAAACUUGCCAGUAGACAUGUACGGGUUGGGCUAGCUAGCCCCAGUGACGUUCCUUGCUGUGAUAUUUGCGAAAAUGCUCCUGCCUUCUUUUACUGUGAAGUAGAUGGUAGUUCCCUUUGCCUGCAAUGCGAUAUGAUUGUACAUGUUGGUGGUAAAAGAACCCAUAGGAGGUAUCUCCUUUUCAGGCAGAGAGUUGAGUUUCCAGGGGAUAAGCCUGGCCGUUCAGAGGAACUAGGGCUUCAACCACUUGACCAAAAGGAAGUAAGAAAAGACCAUAUUCAGCCACCUAGUUUAAGUAUAAGAGAGAAUCAACAGAAUUGCAGUGCCUCUCCAGUUGCAGUCCUAGACAACAAUAUUGUUGGUGACUACAAGAUGGACAAUAGAUUGAUUGAUCUUAAUACCAGGCCCCAAAGAAUGAACGGGCAAGCUUCAACUAGCCCGGAACAGGGUUUGGAUGUUCAAAAUGGUGUGAAUGAUGAAUCUGCAAGUGUUGUUCCUGUUGGGUCCUUCAAAAGAUAGCCUGAAAAGUGACCAAGGUGCCUUUUACAUGUUCUGGACAAUUACUGUUUCAUGAUGCUUGUCAACUCGAGUACUUGUAACCUUCUUCGUACAUUUAUUCUGUUUUCCUUGGUUCAGGAUCAGUCUGUCACAUUCCUUGUGCAAAGUAGAUUAGAUGAAGAAAGUAUCCACUUUUGUGUCAAAAACAUUGUUUCUAGCUUGAAAGAGAGAAAUGAAAGUUGUUACUAUAGUUUUCUCAAAGUGUCUGUAAUUGAAUUUGAAUAUCGUUAUUGACAUUGGUCUUAUUUGCACUUAUAUGACAUUUUGAACAAAUCUUAGAAAAGAAAAUGU